AUGGCUGUAAGACACGGAAGCAUCGAAGAAUUUGAUGUAAACUCGCAAAAUUUGGACGAGUACAUUGAACGUUUGGAACACUAUUUUGUGGCUAAUGCGGUGGAUGAUAACGAUGUAAAACGUUCAAUAUUACUGACCGUAUGUGGCAGUAAAACGUAUGGGUUAAUUCGUAACGUUGUGAGUCCGGCAAAACCCGGAGAAAAAACGUACGAUGAGCUGAAAAAUAACAUUCGAAAUCAUCUGCAACCUAAACCCCUGGUGAUAGCGGAACGGUUCAAGUUUCAUCAACGCAAACAAAAGGAAGGAGAAACGGUGACUCAAUUUCUAGCCGAACACCGUAAACUCAGUGAGCAUUGUAAUUUUGAAGCGUUUUUGAACGAUGCCUUGCAGGAUAGAUUUGUGUGUGGGUUGGCUUCCACGGCAACCCAAAGGAUAUUGCUAUCGGAAGCUGAAUUGACAUUGAAAAAAGCAGUGGACAUUGCCGUUAGUAUGGAGAUGGCAGACUGUGAAUCGCGCAAACUAAAAGAAACCUCUGCAAUGUUCGAGGGGAGUAAGAACGCGGAACAGACACACAAAGUGUUCACACAAUGCUUUCGUUGUGGAAAGAACAAUCAUAGUGGCGACAGUUGUUAUUAUAAGAACAGCAAGUGCCACAAAUGUCACGAAACUGGUCAUCUUAGCAAAAUGUGUCCGGCAAACAAAUCACGUCAACAUGUAAACAAACCGCGACCACAUCGAAGUACUGAAAGUACUCAAAGUACUGUCCGAGGAAAAGGACAUAAGUUUAAGAAAAAAAAUCCGAAAAUCAACUUCGUGGAGGAUUCCGACGUGGAUAGUUCUGGUGCCUAUGAAACUGAUUGUAAGUACUCUUGGCCUCUGUUUUCGAUAAAAUCUGACGGUCAGAAGGAAAUAAACAUUGAUUUGUUAAUUGAACGCAAACCAUAG